ACGCAGUCACCACUCACUGACAGCUACAGACCGCCUCUUAGCCGGACGCAACGCCGGACACUCUGGCAUCCUCGCUGGCUCACACACAUUCACGCUCCGGCUCCAGACCUCUAGGGCUGCGUGUCCCUACUUUCCCGGUCCCCAGUGGAGGGCAGCCCAGCGGCGGCGCUGGUUUCCCAUCCGGUGAGUUUAGGCCGCCGCACCCGGAAGUGGCGCCCGGAGCGGGAGCGCUGAGGUGUAGGCCGACUGGACAGCGACCCGGAGCAGGGCGCGGGGGCGUUGGCCAUGUUUCCCUUCGGUCCCAGUAGCCCGGGCGGGGACGAGGCGGCUGGAGCUGAGGAGUCGGCCGCCCACCGGGGUCCGGCGGCAGCCGCCAGGCCGCCCUCUCCCGCUACCCCGCCCGCACCGCCACAGCCCGAGGCUGACGCCGCCCUUCCUCCGCCGGCCGCCCGGAGCCCCAGCCACCCCGGCGCCCUCGCGCCGCCCCACGCCGCGGGCGCCGGAGAGCUCAAGCCGCCCGGUGAGCUGGAGCUAUCAGCAACCUCUGCCCAGGGAGAGCCGACCGCGUCUCCAGACUGCAGGGCCUGGAGCCGGGGCAGGCACGGCCUCAGCGCGGGCCUGGGCGGCCCCGGCGCUAGACUGUUUGGAUGGCUGAGACAGCGCAGCCUGGGCCGCGGGCUGUUUGUGGACCCGGCGCGGGACCAUUUCCGCACCAUGACGAACCUGUACUGUUCCAUCCACCCCGCGGAUUCCGUGUACCUCAGCACACGCACCCACGGUGCGGUCUUCAACCUGGAGUAUUCGCCCGACGGGUCAGUACUGACAGUUGCUUGUGAACAGACUGAAGUUCUGCUUUUUGACCCUAUAUCUUCAAAGCACAUAAAAACACUUUCUGAAGCUCAUGAAGACUGUGUAAAUAAUAUCAGGUGUACAGAAGAUGGGUGUCCCCAUAAGAAAUUCUUUCACACGCGUUUUCUCAUGAGAAUGAGAUUAACACCAGAUUGUUCCAAAAUGUUGAUCUCAACAUCUUCUGGCUAUCUCUUGAUUUUGCAUGAUCUCGACUUAACCAAAUCUUUAGAAGUAGGCAGCUAUCCCAUUUUGAGAGCAAGAAGAACUACAUCAAGUUCAGAUUUGACCAGUUCAUCAAGUUCAUCAGGUCCUAGAGUUUCUGGUUCACCAUGCCAUCAUAGUGAUUCUAACUCAUCUUCAGAGAAACACGUAUCAAGAGCCUCUCAAAGAGAAGGAGUUUCACCACGAAAUAGUCUAGAAGUCUUAACCCCUGAAGUUCCUGGUGAACGAGAUCGUGGAAACUGCAUUACAUCCUUACAACUGCACCCCAAAGGCUGGGCCACACUUCUUCGGUGCUCCAGCAACACUGAUGAUCAGGAGUGGACAUGUGUCUAUGAAUUUCAAGAAGGAGCUCCUGUGCGACUUGUCUCACCUCGCUGUUCUCUGCGACUGACUCAUUACAUUGAAGAAGCCAAUGUAGGCAGGGGUUACAUCAAAGAACUUUGCUUCAGUCCUGAUGGGCGAAUGAUUUCUUCCCCGCAUGGCUAUGGAAUUCGCUUGUUGGGAUUUGACAAACAGUGCAGUGAACUUGUUGACUGCUUACCCAAAGAAGCCAGUCCUCUGCGGGUGAUCCGUUCUCUGUAUUCUCAUAAGGACGUGGUACUGACAACAAAAUUCUCUCCAACACACUGUCAGAUUGCCUCAGGGUGCCUUAGCGGACGAGUCUCUUUGUAUCAGCCAAAGUUUUAGGCACAAUUUACAUCAAAUAAGGAACUGUUGUGGCACUGGACUUGAUAAAUUACUUCCAUUUAGAUGAAGUAUUUUCUUAGAAGAUCUGAUCAAGAUCCUGGUUCACAUGGGUCCAUGAAUCUCCCUGUGAUCUGAGUACUUGGUCACCAGCGUCCAACCGGCGUCCGAAGCUGGACUCCACGCAGCACCGUCUUGGUCAGCGCUCCUCCACUCCUGCUGCUCUGUGCCACUGAACACCAGUUAUUUUGCAUGGUAGCUUUGUUAAGUUUUCUUGUUCUCUCCUUUUCCCCCUUCUUUUGUCCUUCCCUUCUCUUCUUUGUCUCUUUUGUUUUUAGUAUGAAUUUGUGGACAUUUGGCAGGAGUUUGGGUUGGCAUAAAAGAUACCCUUGAUGCUAGCAUUGAAUAAAAUCCAGAAGCUGAAUGUUGGCAUACCGAGAUUGUUGGAAAAGAAAUUUCACCUUCAUUUGUCAGUAUGUUUAGCCUUGUAAAGUUGCUGAGAUAUAUGUAUAUCUCACACAUAAUUGUAUUAUAACUGUUAGACAGUCUUACAACUGAAUAUCUCCCUGUUUCCUGUUAAAGUCAUAUAAUUUUUUCAUGUGGCAGAGAUUUUAUGAAAAUCUAGAGAAAAUAUUACUACUUCUUGUAAUUGUAUGAAUCUAAAAUGUCUAACAUGCUCUUACUUGGUAUUUUAUUCCUGUCUACAGCAUUAGAAAGGAAAGGAGAAGGGAUGGACUUUGGUCAUUUCUGAUGUACAGAAGAGGAUUUAUUUAUUAGAUUAAUAUGAUAUCUGGCCACAGAAUGAUGAGAACAGUGUGAUUUAGAUUUUCCAUUUUCUCUGCCAUACCCAAGACGGUCUGUUAUCGGUAGGGGAUAGAAAGAAAAUCAAGAGUAAAAAUACAGCAUUGUGCUCAGUCUUUCUUCCCGGGCCAGGGGCCACAAGCUCAGUUCUUUCACCAUUAGUGAGUGGGAAGCUGCAGUUGUUUUCAAACUGUUAUCAAACCCUGGUAGUCAGUGACUUUGGUGUCAAAGCUCAAUGGUGAUGAUAUAAAUACAUUUUUUGUGUUUUGUUACGGAACACAGCAAGUAAAACUUCAGGUAAAGGCAAAUACAAGGCUGAGGCUCUGCUGAAUAAGUAGCUGUCUUCCAGCCUCCACCCACACUGAAGGAGAUUGUGUUUAGAAGGAACUUGCGGGAGGCUUAGAGUAAUUUUUUUUUUUAUUGGUACCAGAGGCUAGAGUAAUUUAAGCCAUGUUCUAGCCUUGCCCUUUUAGGUCACAAAGUCGCUAGGCCAACAGUUCUGAAACUUCAGGAUACAUUAUAAUCUGUGAAGAGCUUGUGAAAAGUGCAAAACCUGGACCUUGCUUUAGGAGAUUCUGAUUCAAGCAGGGAGAGGACAAGAAUCUAUUUUUAGCAGGAAUCCCACAUAAUCUUUAUUCAAGUGGUCUCUAUCACAGUUUGAAAAACAUAACCUUAAACUUCAGUAAAUACAUCUCUGCCCAUGUGGUGCUUAAUACAGGACCCACAAGUGUUUAAUUAGUUAAAUAAUAAAUAAAUGAAGGCAAUUUUAGAUAUAGGAAAUAACUUGGAAUGGUAUCAUUUGCAUUAUUUGACAAAAUAGAGAAGUGGCUAAGGUCAGCCUGCAGUUAGUGGCAGAGCCAGGACGCGAAUUCAAGCCUCCUAAUUCUGUGCUCAGGGUAAUUGUAUUGUAUUAUGUUGGCUGUUAAUGACUUACGAACACUUUGUCUUUUAAAUUGUAUGAUUAUAAAUACCCUUAAACUGUCCACUUGAUUGAAAAAGGAAGGCACAAGAGUAGUUGCUAAAUUUCCCAGUCUUGCAAAGGAAAAUGUUUUAUAUUUAAUGAAAGUGUUUAAACAACUCAAAUACAUGAAUUUACAUGAUGCUUCUUGAUAGGCCCUCUGAACAGCCAUUCACAUGCAUGUAUAGAGGCACAUCUCACAUGGAACAAGAUUGGCUAUAGGACAGAGUGCACCUAAAGUGCACCAUCUUACCUAAAAAUUGGAAGUUUUGAGGUCAUUGAAAAAUUACCACAAAGCAUAGGGAAUACAUAAUCUUGCUUAAACAAAGAAAACUUUGUUUAAAAAAAAAAACUACUUAUUUAAGAUAUUAGUUUUAAAGUUUAAAAUACAAAGCAUCACAGAAUGUUGUCAAUAAAAGUACACUAUAAAGUACAGUGAUCAAGCUGACAUUCCAAAAAAUUAAUCAACUUUGGAAAGUGUCCCGUGUCAGGAUACUGGACUCACAUGUGUCCCAACUGUAAAUUCAGGCAGAGAUUCUUUAGCCACUGUAGAGCACCUAUAAUGGGCUAAUGUACUUUCUUUACUACUAACCCUAACAGAAACCUGGCAUGGUAGGCAGAAUGUGCUCCGAACUGCUUUGGAGGUAAUGAUGGGUCAGAAAGAUUGUAUGACUGGCCCGAAGUUAGAAUUAGCAGUGGGUAGCCACACUGGAAUCCAAAACGAUGUUUGUUUGUUUGAAUCUAAAACUGGUUAGUAUACUGUUUCUGAUCUUAGUUUGUAAAGGAUGGUAAACUGACCUAUUCAUUUCCUUGUUCAGUAUCUUCUGAAAGGUUUCGUUUUUAGUUGUAUAACACUGACCUUACUUACUUUCUGUACCAUGUGAAAGAAUACUUAUAAGACGGUAGUUUCCGUAAGAAUGAUUACCAUAAACUUAGGGCAACCAGAUAGUCCAUUCCUAAUUUUAUUUAUUUAUGUAUUUAUUUAUUUAUUUUUGGUAUGGGGAUCAAACUCAUGACCUCGUGCUUGCCAGGCAGGCACUUAUGCCACUGAGCUAAAUCCCCAGCUCCAUUCCUAAUUUUAAAAAACCCUCAAGCAUUAUAACCACCUAUGAAAUAGAAAAGAAAAUGGAGAAGUAGCAUAAAAAUACACAGAUGCACAUUAAAAAUUAACAAACAGCGAAAUCAACAACAACAGCAAAAACCUUUGCCCUCCUCGUGUUAUGCUCAUGAUAAAAAAAAGGCGUUAGGGAAUAUUGUCAGGGGAUGAAAGGGAAUAGGAGUGGGAUACUGUUGGAAGAAAUUAUACAUUCCAACAUCACAGAGUAGACUUUUUACUGUAAAUUUUAUUGUCAUUUUUAUCCAUGAUAAUUGGUAAGUCUAAUUGGUAAAUAGUAUUAUAUAUAGAGUAUAAAUUGUCUCAUGAUUUAAAAAGUGUUUUCCAAAACAGUGUAUUUAUGAGAAUGCUGGGUUGAAUGAGUUUGUUACAUCAAUCACACUGUAGUUCCUUAGUUUUCAGUUAUGAAAAGAAGUGGCGAAAGCAGAAGAGAAUUCUAUUUUAGUCUUUUAAAAGUAUGUGUGAUCUUUUUUUUUUUUUUGAUCAGCAGCCCAAAGCAUAUGUAUAUUUCAUUAUUUUUCUUUAUUACAUCAGGGAGAAGAGGCGAUACCAAAAAUUUUAGGAAACCAAGGAAACGAUAAAUCACAUGUUCCCUGCUCCUAUUUAGAACAAAGAUCACAUCAUAUUUUCUGAGGUUAUAUUCUCUAGAAAGUGCAGAAUAGGGAAAACACUGAGUCUUUUAGAAGUCUAGAAUUUCCCAUAUUAUUCAGAAGAUAAGGUAUUGGCAUCUAUAAGCAUCUGUUCAACUUGCAUUUAGCAGGAGAAAUAGUCUGAUAACUCACUAAUGACAAUCAUCUGCAUUCAAUGACCAGCAGUCACUGAGUGCUAUGAAAAUCCAUUCAAUAACACCCUGUGUUGGUAAUGAAGGAAACCAUAUGCAUGAAUUUUGGAAAGCUGAUGCAUAUCUCUUAAGUGCCAAAAUUUAAAACUUGUAGUUAUUUUUGAUGCAAGUCUUUCAGGUAUGUUCGAAUACCUCCUUGCCUUCUUAAAUAGCAUGCUCAGUAUAAUUCACAGGUCAUAUACAUAAUGUGUUAACACAAAUAUCCAGUGAGUUCUGACUAUAUAAGCAUUUCAUAAAAUAUAAAGGGCUAUAACAAGUGUGAGUUAGUAUCUUAAGUGAUUCCCUCAAAUUUGAGGUAUAUAUACUAGUUUGCCUUCAGUUACUAAUUUCUUCAUAUUUUAAUAUCUGCUCAGUAGCGUGUUCUGUCAACAUUCCUGCCUUUAACACUUUUCUUCUGAUGUGCUGUGUUCAUCAGUUAGGAGCUGGGACAUAAGAUAACCCUACCUGCUCAGAGUCUGCACUGACACUGAGCUGGACAACCUAGGUGCAUAGUGUGUGAGGCAGACCCUCGGUUACUUCCCACUUACCUUCUGGUUAAUAAAAGAUCCCAGCUAAAGCUUAGGCUCAUGAUUUUUCAGUUGCAACUUCAGUACGAUACUAGAAACUAAGGAAGGAUGCUGCUAGACUAAGAAAGAAAGAGCAGUGCACCAAAGUACAGCAAAGCAACAGCAGAAGGUCUUUAUUUGCACAGGAAUCUUACGCUUUUAAGAAAAAGAAGAGUACGGGAAAAAGAAAAAUUCAGAUAGAUUUAAGAUUAUUUUAGAUGCCAUAAACUCUGACAAUAACCAUUAAAGUAUAUGCUUAAAUUAUCACAUGUUGUUACAAAGACAAGUUAGAAUUGUAGAAUAAAAUUGUACUAAAAUUUAUAACCUAGAGAUGAUUCUAAAUGAUGUUCUAAGGGGUCUAAGGGUUUUUUCCAUUGAAGUGAUAAUGGAAAUUAUUGAAAGAAAAGUGUCUGAUUUACCUUUAUGCUGCUCUCGUUAGUUGAAAAUGAAUUAAUGAUAGGGAUAUAUGGGAUUUGUCAGAAGCCCCAAGGAGCACAGUGUACAUACACACACCUCCUAUAUGUGUAUGUAAAUGUCACUAUAAAUGAAAGUGUUACCCAGAGAUAAUAAAAUAAUUUUUAAAAUUUAAAUCUGGUCCAAAGUCUUUAAAAUAGGUUGAAUUUUUCUUCUAAGUUUCUUCCUCAUUUAGAUUCCAUAGUUUUUACACUGAAGAGUGAAUAUUUGAAUUUUCUCUGAAAUUUCGCUGCAUCCUUCAUUUCUAAGCUGUACUUUCUGGUAAAUUUUAGAUUCAUAUUUUCAGGAAACUUGGAAUAUUCCAAAUACUAUGCUAGGUACCCAGAAAGUUUUCUCAGUAGAUUCUAAGGUGCUAUAAGUUCUUAUGCUAGACUGUAAGCUCCUGGAGGGCAGGGACUAUCUUAUUUACUCUUGUAUUCCCAGUGCCUGAUACAGGACCGAAUACAGUAGUUGCUCAAUAAAUAUUUGUUAAAUGAACCUCACAAUGGCCUCAAGCUCCCCUGAAGCUAGAAUGUGAUGUGCAAAUGUUUGAGAGGGAUCCAUCAUUUACAGUGAUACCUCAGUUGUUGAACUCAGGUCAUUCCAACUUCAUGUCCAGACACGGAAAAGUUUGAGAACUGUAUGUAUUUUUCCCAUAAAUAAUGGCAAACAAUACAGAACAUGUUGUCUGGGUGAGAGCAGCACUGAGAUGGAAGUGUCACCCUGGUGUGCAAGACAAAUGUGUGGCUCAUUCUUGACACCUGCAAGGCUUUUCAAGGCAGAGUUUUGGCUCAACUGUCACUCAAAGUUCCAAACAGCAAGCAAUUGUGUUAUUUAGCUUUGCGGAUCAAGUAGUGGACCAUUUGAGCUUGGAGCUGUCCAACAACCAAGGUAUUAUAAUUAACAGAUUGUCUUCACUGCGCUAAGGUUUAUUCUGACCACAAGUGACUAAACAUUUAUCACUGAUUUGGAAAGCUGCAAAUGAACUGUUUUCACUGAAUGAACAUUUGAAACGCUGGUGUAGAAUUAGGGACUCAAGAUACGAAGAUAACUAAAGUCUUGGUUUCCAUAGUGGCAGUUGAGAUGGAUUUAGGGCUGGCUUUCCAGGUGGUGAGACUGCAGGCAUAUAGGGCUCCCCACCCUUAGAAAGGCUUCACACACUUAGCUUAGUAUUGUGAUGCAGUCUUGAAGAUUUCUAGCCAGGUCUGGUGGCACAUUACUAUAAUCCCAGCACUUGGGAGGCUGAGGCAGGAGGACUGCUGUGAACUCAAGGCCAGCCCAAGCUACACAGUGAGACCCUGUCUCAAAAAACCCACCAAAUUUCAAACAAGGGGCUCACAUUUUUAUUUUUCCCUGAACUCAUAAAUUCUGUAGCUGUUAUUACUUAGGUGUUAUUAUCAUUUAGACAUUUUAGAAAUUGUAAGAGUUAUAUAGUGUGUCUUCUACCCAUUUCAUUGAAAGCUAGUUAUACAAGAGAAACCAAUAAAAGAGGCUGGGGAUUUAGCUCAGCGGCAUAAGCGCCUGCCUUGCAAGCAGGCACUUGUAAGUUCAAUCCCUGGUACCGAUAAAAAGGAAAAAGACAAAAAAAAAAAAAAAAACAAUAGAAUGAAGAGACAUCCCACAAUGUAGAAGAAAAUGUUUGCCAGCUGUUCCUUAGACAAAGGAUUACUACUGAGAACGUAUAAACAACUCAAAAAUACCAGAUUUCCCAGAUUUAAGUACCCAAUCCAAAAUGGGUAUCGGGGCUGGGGAUUUAGUUCAGUGGCAUAAGCACCUGCCUUGCAAGCAGGCGGUCGUGAGUUCCAUCACUGGUACCAAUAAAAAUGAAAAAGACAAAAAAAAAAAAAUGGGUAUCAGAUGAAUACACACUUCUCAGAUGAAGAAGUACAAACAGCAAAUAAAUAUAUGAAAAAAAUAUUCAACAUUACUGGGUCGUUUGAGAGAUGCAAAUUAAAACAACACUGAGAUUCCACCUGAUCCCAGAAAGAAUGGUUAUUAUCACUAAUAACAAAUGCUGGAGGGGCUUUGGGGAAAAGGAUCUCUUCUCCACUGUUGGUGGGAGUGUAGACUGGUGCAAUCAGUGUGGAAAUGUCUCAAAUAACUAGAACUGGAGGUCCCAUUUGACCCAGCUAUUCCUUCUCAGUAUCUUCCCAGAAAAAAACAGUGUAUCACAAUGUUGUAGUCAGGGGUUUCGAGGAAAGCAAUGACAUAUAGGACACAUAAUUUAUAGUAUUAUUUAUAGCAGUCACCCAAGGAGUCAAAUAGAAAGUGGAGGAAAUCUGUCCACACACUAAAGACCUAGACAAUCCAGCCAAGGGCCUGGAUCCCAUAAUAACCUAUGAGUUCAGAUGAAAACCUAGAGCCCAUAAUAAUGACUCACACAAGUCUAUUUCACGGAUCUGCGCUGGGAAGGCCCAAAGGUCAGCCUUUGCCUCUAGAAGCUAGAAAGUAAGUGUCAGCGGGGUGAAGGAGCCGUGCCAGCAGGCCAAGGAUUCUAUACUAGAGCCAAGAAGCAAUGCUCAGAAUAAGGACCAGGGCUCUCCUGAAAAGUUCCACAGCCAUCCUCAGCAACAAUGAGGUUCUGAGCUCCUCUGAUGGUAAGAACAGCUGAGUACAUAUCAGGAAGCCAGCAUGACAAACUUCCCCUGGAGACUGAGCAGCUCACAUCUUCCCCACAAAGCCAGGAAGCGAAGCUCAAAGUGAGAACCAGAGCUCCCCCAAAGUGAACCGCAGCCAUUCUCAGCAACAAGACCCUGAGCUCCACCGAUGAUAACAGCCGAGUUCAUAUCAGGGAGGCCAGCAUGGCAAACUGCUCUGGGAAAACCAGCAGCCCCAAACAACAGCAUUCACUUAGGAGAACUCACAGGGCCACCCCUCCUCUCCAGGUCUCCUUUUUAUGCUGGCAACAGACCUCAGCUGGCCCGUCCACACUCAGCACCAUGCUGAUUCAGUUCAGCUGGUGUUUAAAUUGACCACCAGUUACCACUCCACUACCACUCCACUACACACAGCAACAUACAUACAUGAAUAGCAGCUGGAUUUGUGAUAGACAGAUCUUAAAAACAACCUAAAUGCCUUAUUGACUAAGGUAUUGAUAAAAAGAUGUGGUACUUUUAUACAAUGGAGUACUACUAAGCCAUAAAGGACAAACUUGAGGCUUCUAUAGGUAAAUUGAUGCAAAUUGAGACCUUACUUAUAAGUGAAAUAAAUCAGACAUGCAUAUGUAAACAUUGUAGUGUCUCAAUAAUGUGAGAAGCUGAAACAAUAUAUGUAUAUGUGUGUGUAUAUAUAGUUGACAGUUAUACUAAAAAUAAAAACUAUAAAGUGCAUGAUUUAGUAAAUAUCUUUCAAAAUCUAAAAUUAAACACAACUACUUCCCUCUCAAAAGGUUUUUUUUUUGACAGAUCAAAUGUUUGACUGGCUCUGAGUCAAGGCCAGCAGCUUCUUGACGCUGUUGGUUUCAAGCAGGAGCCUAAAGAGAUGUCUUUCUAUGGUCUGUUGGCCAUUUCAGAACUUGGGCAGUGAAAUGGUCAAUUUAUUAGAAAGAAACAGCUUGAAGCAACCCAUCCCACCCCCCUUAAGCAGCUGUGAGCAUGGCAGGCUACGGUCGCCCAGGAUGGGAGCCACCGACAUUUACUGGGCCCUGUGCCAUGCUGGGACCUGGAGCGCUGGGAAACCAAGCAACCCCUCCCCCCUGCCUAUUUUGUUUCGUUAGACUUCAGUAUACAUGAAAGUAUGGACAGCUGUUUUGAAGAGAACGGGAGACUCUACAAUAGCCAUUAGUGACUUCCCUGUUGUCUGGUUUUAAAACUCCUUCCUCAUUCAGUUUGGAUCUAUGUUUUAUACUAUGUUUUUUGUAUGUAUUCUCUAUAUGCAUAGUUUUAUACUAUGUUGUUUUGUAUGUAUUCUCUAUAUGCAAAGACAUAGACAACUAUUUGGAAGAAAACAAGAGACAAUAUGAUAGACAGUGAAGAUCUCAGGUCGGCUAGCUUUGAAAUUUGUAUCUCUUACAUUGCUUUCUUGUGUCCUAUUUUGUUCUGUUUUGUGAUGUUUAAUUUUACCCCUUUUUAAAAUUAAAAAAAAAGUUUGUCAUUUCAGAAUUAGAAAAGUAUUCUAGAAAAUGUAAGUAGGGCUGGGGAUAAAGCUCAGUGCCACAGUGCCUGCCUGGUAAGCACAAGGUUAUGAGUUUGAUCUCCUGAUACCAAAUAAAUGUAAAACUCAGUUCUUUACUCGGUAAAAAUGUUAUUACCAAUGGGAAGCACACUUAACAAAAUCUUCCUUUUAUUUGUCAAGUUGAAUACAGUGACUGAACUUCAUAUAAAUAUAGAACAUGCUAUUUUUUAUAGUUUUCCCUAGCAUGAUAUUUUUGUGUUAUAUUAUCAUUUUUGUGCUAUAUUAUUUAGCAAUGUGAUUGAUUGUUUAUUUUAUCAUGUGAUUUUUUUAUUCACCAGAAUAAUGACAAUUAUACUUGGGACACUCUUUUUUUUUUUUUUUUUUUGGUAAAUCAUUAAAGAUAAAACACAGUGAACCAGAUGGGUUUAGUGGCAUGUGCCUGUGGUGUCGGGUCCUUGAGAGGCUGAGGUGGGAAGAUCACAUGAGCGUAGGAGUUCAAGGCCAGCCUGAGCAACAUAGCCAGAUCCAAUCUCAAAAAUAAAAUCUCUUUCAAUUUA